AUUUUAAUAUAUUACAUUUAAAAUAGUAUUUCUUAUAAUUUGUCAUAUGCACAAUGACUCACGAAUAUUUUGAGGCCCUCUAAAAACAGGCAGGUGCUAGGACCUAAUGGAAGUCAGGCUUUCAGUAGGAGGGGAGACAGCACUAUGGGGCGUGGUCCCCUGGAAGCAGGUACAGAAAAGCCAGUUCUUCCACCUGGAAGCUAAUGAGACUCCAUUUCAACUCUCUCCACACCACCUCUGAGACACCAGUAGCUUUCACACUUGCUUGUCAAACCAAAAGCAUGUUUCUUGCAAAGGCUUUAUUGGAAGGGGCCGAUCGAGGCCUGGGAGAAGCUCUUGGAGGCCUUCUUAGAGGAGGCGGUCAGGGAAGAGGAGGAGGAGGAGGAGGAGGAAAUAUCGGAGGGAUCGUUGGAGGAAUCGUGAAUUUCAUCAGCGAGGCCGCGGCAGCUCAGUACACCCCAGAACCGCCUCCCACUCAGCAGCAUUUCACGACCGUGGAGGCCAAUGAAAGUGAGGAAGUUCGUCGGUUUCGACAGCAGUUUGCCCAGCUGGCGGGACCGGACAUGGAGGUGGGUGCCACCGACCUGAUGAAUAUUCUCAACAAAGUCCUUUCCAAGCACAAGGACCUGAAGACCGACGGCUUUAGCCUUGACACCUGCCGGAGCAUCGUGUCCGUGAUGGACAGUGACACGACCGGCAAGCUGGGCUUCGAAGAAUUUAAAUACCUCUGGAACAACAUCAAGAAGUGGCAGUGUGUUUACAGGCAGUAUGACAGGGACCGCUCUGGGUUCCUGGGACGUUCCCAGCUGCGCGAGGCCCUGCAGGCAGCGGGUUUCCAGCUAAACGAGCAGCUUUACCAAAUGAUCGUCCGCCGCUAUGCCGAUGAGGACGGCAGCAUGGAUUUCAACAACUUCAUCAGCUGCCUGGUCCGCCUGGAUGCCAUGUUCCGUGCCUUCAGAUCCCUGGAUAGGGACGCAGACGGUCUGGUUCAAGUGUCGCUCCAAGACUGGCUGCAACUGACCAUGUAUUCCUGAAGCCGGCCCCUCCCCGAGGACGGGACUCCCGACAGCCUCGCCCUCCCAUCCCCACGGCGGCGGAUGCCCUGUCCCAGAGUUGUCAUUUCCUGCGAGCUCAUAUAUCUCCCUGCAUGCUUCUGAACUAGGACUGCCCUUUGGUGCUCAAUUAAAACAGAUUUUUUUUUUUUAAUGAGAAA